UUGAAAUUGAUAUUUAACCGGUAUUUAUGAUUUAAACACUAAAUUUAAUAAAACAAACUUCUUUCUGGUUAAGUAUUAGAAUUAAAAUAGGAUUUGACAAUAGAAAUUAUUUAAUAGCUAAAAUCAUAAUCAUAAUCUCAGUCCGAUUUCAGAAACUAUUUUCUCUGCCGGAUAGAUUCCUAGGGUUGUUGAGAACUGUAAUUUGAUUUUCCGCCGAUCAUCUAUGAUAAGUGGAUCCUGAGGAAUUUGCUAUUUUUAUUCAUUGAUUUUGGAUAUUCGUUGCAAGCAGGAUAUUUCAUUGGGAGGUGCUAAGAUUUCUCUAGUGGUAAACCUGGUGCUACCAGCUGCUGCUGAGGAAGCUGAGUCAAUCUAGACACGAAGAUUUGGAUCUGAAAGUUACAAGAUACAAGUAUGGAUAAGAGGAUAGAUUAUAUAUCAGAAUUGCCAGAGCAUAUAUUGCAUCGCAUCAUGUCAUUUCUCCCCACCAAACAAAUCACUCGAAAUAGUGUUUUGUCAAAAACAUGGCUUAAAGCAUGGAAGACCUCCCCCAUUUUGGAAUUUGAUUUUUAUGCCAUCUUUAGUGGGAAUCGUUACGGCUUUCCAGACUUUGAAACAAGGGAGAAGAAUAAGCAAGAGCUGUAUAACUUCGUUGAGCAAAUUUUGUUAAGCCGACGCAAGCAAAUGAUUAGUUUGACGAAGUUUACACUUAUUGUGCCUUUUAUUUAUAGAAAACCAGAGAUGGUUUCCACGAUGGACAGAUGGAUUGGUUACGCCUUAGAGACUAAUGUCAAACAUUUGAAAAUUAAAGUGGGUCCGACUAACGAUGAUGAAGACUACAAGUAUUUUGAGCCUCAAGCCGUUCUCAAUGCGGUUUCAAUACAAAUUCUAGACUUGAGCCAUUGCAAGUUGCAUAUGCCCUCCAUGGGUAGCUUAUCAUUACCUUUCUUGAGAAAGUUGUCUCUCAGCUCUGUUUUUGCAGAUGAUAAUAUUAUAAAUAAACUUAUUGCUGAGUCUCCUCGAAUUGAAGAUAUGAGUUUCAUUAAUUGCUAUGGUAUUAAGUCUUUGCAGAUAUUUGAUCUAGAUAAUCUUAUUAGAUUCUAUGCGGAGAGAAUUGUUCAUAUUGAGCUUCUUACACUGGAAGCACAGAAUCUUCACUCAUUCACACUACGAGGCUCAUUUUGGCCUUCUACAUUAAAGGUAGCUUCUUUGAAAAACUUGAAGAGUUUGAAAAUAUCUAAUGCUCCGAUUACUGAUAAGUGGUUGCAUGAGCACUUGAAUAAAUUUCAUCACUUAACAUCCUUGAGCUUGUUUCACUGCGAUAUGUUGGAGAGCAUCAAGAUUUCUAGUUCCAGUCUUCAUUCAUUGUGCAUAUAUUCAUGUGGAAAGGUGGCUAGACUUCAUAUUGAUACGCCUCAUUUACAUAUCUUCUCAUAUUGUGGUGAUAUAAUUUCAUUCUCUUCGGACAAUUUGUUCUUACCUAAGGUUCAUUUACAUUUGGAAUCUAACAAUAUGCAAAUAUCCUGGUACGCUAGAUUGAUUGAAUUACUUGAUAAGUUAAAUCAGUUAUUCAAGACAAUUGCUUUGGAAAGUGAUACGGGUGAGAGUUAUGUUGUUCCUAGCGACUUGAGACAACUCCUACCAUCACCAUUGCAUAACAUGAAAGAAUUGAAGCUUUCAAUCUCCUGUUUUAGACAUAGUACGGUUGCCCAACUUGUGGAUGCUAUGCUCUGUAUUUGUCCUCAUAUAGAAACUCUACACAUAGAUUCUAUAAUUAAAUCUUACUUUAAGUUUUCAUACCAAAAGCCAACUUGUAAAACAGAGAAGGAUUGCAAGUCUUGUCCUGUUUUUUGCUGGAAUCAUUGCAUAAAGGAGAUAAAGGUCAAGCAAAUUUCUCCUGCAAGUACGAUGUGCUGGCACUUCGAUGCGGAAGACAUAAAAGUCAAGCAAGUUCGCAAUCAUGAAGAAAGAAAUUACACUUUUAAUCAAGACAUUUGGGAAAAUAUUAAAAGUGGUAUUUUAGAUUGGAAAAUAUAAGUCAAACUAAAAAGUGGUCUCUUCUAAUAAUAAAAUUUUGUUGCAUGUGAUGUUUCCAAUCUUACACUGUAUAGCAUGCUGAAGUCAUUCAUUG